GAAAUUGUCAUAUCUGAUUUUGUAUAAUCAAAUUUCAUGUCUCCAAUACGAAUACACAGGACACACCCAAAUUUCAUGUCUUCAAUGUCUCUCCUCUCCAGCUGCUGCUGGUGCUUCUUCUCCGCCUCCUCUCAAACUUCUCUUUCUCCCGCUAUGCUACUCUCUCUCUCUAAAAUCUAGUCCUAAUUGUUCAAUUCACAGCAAUGGCGAAGAAAAAGGCGCCUAAGAGUAACAAGAUACAAAAAGUACACGAAAUUGAUCGUAUACCUAAGUGGUGGAAGCAACCGAGAAGCGCCUUGGGACAUAGACGACGUCGCACAGACUUCUCUCUCUCCUUCUGCUCUUUUCCUUCUUCUUCUUCCGCUCUCUCCAACAGUCCUCUUGGUAAAGGUUUAUUGUUGGAGUCCUCGAGAGGCAAAGACAAACCAGGAUGUGAUACUAUCACCAAUUUGGAAGAAAUGAGGACAACGAGAGAAAACAUUCUUCAGUUCCCUGCCGUCCAAUGCAGCAAUUUUGAGGAUUUAAGAAAAACUUUAUUCUCAAACUUUACUGAAGUUCCAGUGAUAGAAGUUGAAUCAGUCAGUGAAAAUGCACUUUUUGAUGCCUGGAGUGGCAGGAAUUCUAAUAAACAGAAAAGUGAUACGUUAGGGAAACAGUUCACCCCAGAUAAAUCUCAAAUCAAUGAGAGUAGUAAUUUUUGCAUAACUCCAGGAAGCACGGUAUGGGAUAAAGCUGCUCGCCAACUAUGGCCUGCUGAAGCCUUAGAGUGCCAAAGUUUCAGCAAAGAGUUCACUGAAUCAUCAGAUGAUCCUAAUUGUUCAAUUACACGAGAUCGAUCACCUGAUAAGUGGAAUUCAUCAAGUUCAAGCAGAACAGAAAGUGAUUGCAUGGAGAGAAGAAGGGGCACGAGAGAACGGAAACCAAAAGUUCACUUUGAUGAGGUUAAUUUUUCCUUGAAGUCAAUGAGAAAGGAUCGCCGAUUCAGGAUAAUGCGGUUUCUAGGUCUUGCAGCUCCAGUUGCUUCUCCUUUCCAGUGAUUCUCCAUGUACGAAUUGCUUACUUUAAUUGUAGAUUUUUCAACCUUCAUAUAUGCUUAAGCAUUAAUAUGUUUUUAUUUCUUUAUUAUUUUGAGGAGAAUAAUUUAGUGUCCUGUAUUAAUACGGAGUUUGUAAGAAUAAUCGAUUAUUGCUUGAAUUAAGCACCUCUAGUGUAAGAGGGUAUUUUUAAGUCUAGCGUAUAUAUGUAAACUAGGGUUCAGCACCUCUGUAAAAGGACAUGUUUUACUAGGGUUUAGAAUUUUGACUUGCAAUUCUUUUAUAUUCCAUUCUAUGCCUUACAAAGGUUUUUCAUUUGGAAUAUAUAGGAUGUUGCUUUUAUUGUGAAUUGAAUUGGUGUAUCAAAGUUUCUCUUUUCUAUCAA